GUCCGCAAACGUAAAUAAGUCCGCAAAUGUAAUUUCUUGCCUUAAAUUUUUUCUUCAAAAUUUUUCUUUCAACUAUAAAAAUGAACAAAACAUCCCGCGAGAAAUUUGCAGAAAGUCCGCAAAAAGUGUCCGCAAAAGUGAGUACCUCUUUUCAAUUCUUAAAAAUUUUUUAAAAAAAUUUUUCUUUUAAUUUUUAAGGUGUAGUAACAAAUCAACAACUUUAAUGCCAAAAAUAAAAUUUUUAAGUUUAAUUUGUUUGGCAGCUUCUUUUUGUUUUUUAAUAUAUUAUAUUUAUUCGACUAAUUUUAAUGAUGAAUUACAAAUUUUGAGAAAUCAAUUUGAAUUAAAAAAUCAACAAAUUUUAAUUUUAAAAAAUGAAAUUAAUGGUUUGGAUUUUUCUAAAAUUAAUUUUUUAUAUAAAUUUUUAGAUGCUCAAUCCCAAUUAAAUAAUUUGAGGAAUUCAGAAAUUGAAUGUAAAUCACAAAAUGAGGUUCUCUUGGGACAACUUAAAGCUGCUGAAACAAAAAAUGACCAACAAGACAAGGCUGUCAAACAAGUCCGUAUCCAACCAGCAAAGAAUAAUAAACAUCCAGCAAUUAAUGCAAUCAAAGAAUUGGAUUUACAACAUUCGGAUUAUCCCAGACUUACAUUAGAAGGAAAUUUUGUUCCAAUUAAUUUGUGGAUGCAUUUUGAUUUUAAAGGAGCGCCUCCAAAACCUUCAUAUUUUAUUUCUUUAUUACCUCUUUUACAAAAUAUGGGGUUUAAUGGAUUACUUAUUGAAUGGGAAGAUAUGUUCCCUUAUAAAGGAAGACUUGCCAAUGCAAUUAAUGGUGAUGCUUAUACAAUGGAUGAGGUAGAGAAAAUGCUUGCUGCAGCAAAAGAAUAUAAAUUUGAAAUAGUCCCUUUAGUGCAAACUUUUGGACAUUUGGAAUGGAUACUUAAAUUAAAUGAAUUUAAACAUUUGAGGGAUGAUCCUUUGUUAUUUGUAUUGGUUCGGAAGAAUCAUGGCAAAUUAUAAUG